GAUACAUGAAGGGUUGGACCAUGGCAGUAACUGGAAUACUAAUACUGGAGCUCAUUCUUUACGUCAGCUGCUUCGUCUGUGGCAUUGUGACCGCUGCAUCUAUAACCAUAACCCAGGGUCAGUUUGCUGGUCUGUGUUUGCUCUAUGGACUUGUUUCCUACAACAAAACUUCUGAAUCCAUUGGAGUCCAAUACUCCAGUCCUCCUUCUUUGUGUUACUUUGUAUCUUCCAUAUCAGUCAUAAUGGCAGUAGUAUGCUUCUCUCUCUCCCUGCACUCCCUCUACUCGUUCUGCAUUGAAGGGAACAUGAAAAGGGAGCGUUUGUGGAUGACCCUCACUGCCUCUGUCUGCGCAGGGUUCCUCUUCUUCCUGUUCAUAACAGGCUUUGUGUUAAGAAACGGCAGCCUCAUACUUUGUAACUCUGUCACGCAAACAGUGCCUAAUAUAACCAGUUGUGAAGAAGCUCAGUCGAAAGCAUGGACUGCACCGCUCAAAGGACACCUGUUUUACAGUAGUUUUUACAAAGCUGAGACAACAGUGUGGGUGAGCUUAUUCUUAUGGCUGAUGAUUGGAGCUCUGGGUUUCGCACAAAGGAGAUACAGUUUGAGUCCAAAGCGUUUGCCCAGUGGCUUUGGGUUGUCUGCUGGGAGAAUAUUAGCAGACCCUGGGGUGACUGCAGCAGAGACAGAGCCCUUUUUCAACUGCCCGGUUCAGCAACAAUGAGA